AUGCAAAGAAUUAACUCCUACCUGUACAGCCAAAAGAAGUCUCCGUACGUAAUGAACCUCGACCCAGCAGUACAUUCAGUUCCGUUCGAGAGCAACAUCGACAUAAGAGACUCAAUAAACUAUAAGGAGGUCAUGAAGCAGUACAACCUUGGACCAAAUGGCGGCAUCCUGACUUCUCUAAACCUGUUCGCCACGAAAAUUGAUCAGAUAAUGGGGAUUCUGGAGAAGCGCGCAUUGCAGGCUGCCACCCCAGAACAGCCUGCAGCCCCAAAGCGAAUGGAACAUAUACUUGUGGAUACACCUGGUCAGAUAGAAGUGUUUGUAUGGAGUGCAUCAGGAAGUAUACUUCUGGAGUCACUGGCGUCGUCGUUCCCUACCGUGAUUGCAUAUAUUAUUGAUACCCCACGGACAAGCUCGACGAGCACGUUUAUGAGCAAUAUGCUUUAUGCCUGCAGCAUUUUAUACAAGACAAAGCUACCGAUGAUUCUAGUUUUUAAUAAGACGGACGUGAAAGAUGCCGACUUUGCUAAGGAAUGGAUGACCGAUUUUGAGAAGUUCCAGGCCGCUCUAGCGGAGGAGGAACAACACGGUGCCUUUGGCGGCGGUGAGGGUGGUACUGGAGGAGUUGGAGGUGGCAGUGGAUACAUGGGCUCAUUCUUGAACAGUAUGAGCCUGAUGCUCGAAGAAUUUUAUCACCAUUUGAGUGUUGUGGGAGUCAGCUCCAUGACGGGAGACGGAGUAGACGACUUUUUCGCUGCAGUAGAGGAAAAACGCAAAGAGUUUGACCGUGACUACAAGCCUGAGCUUGAGAGGAAGAGAGAACAGAGGGAGAAAGAGAAGCUGGAGAGACGGGAUGUUGAGCUGGGAAAACUGUUGAAGGACAUGAAUGUUUCAGGCCGCCCAGCUUCGUCAAAGGAUAAAGAAAACCAAAUUGAGACCAUCUCUGAUGCAGAAGAGGAUGACGAUGAGGAUGAGGAUGAACGACCUAGCCAGCGAGACGAUGCCGGGCUCUCACAGCGGUAUAGCAAUGCCCUGGCUGAUUCUGGAGACGGUCAAGCCGGCGAAGAUAGCAGUUUUGCACGGUACCUAAAAUCGUCCAAUCUGGGAUAG